AUACCACCCUCUAGUUACCGUGCCAUACCAUACCAUCCAUACCACCUUGAACAGCCCAGGCCACUUUAGGAUCUCUGCUAACUCUCUAGCUUGGUAUCCUUCGGUGAGCGUUCUUGUCCAUAGCGCAGUUCCUGACACUGCAGAUUGCGCCAGUGUCGCGCCCACAUGGAUGGAAUCGAUCAAACGCCAUGAUCUAAUUCGCGAUUCCACUAACCCCAUACCUGACUUAUCUACCGUAUUGAGUUCAACCUCCAACUUCAACUUCUUCGUUGCCAUUUUUCAAUCUUGAAAGACCCUUGUCUUGCUUUACCGACAUUCAACAUCGCAUCCUUUCAGCCCUACCAAAAACGCAACGCAACCCAAACUAAGCCAAUCGCACACUACUAAUUCAACUGCACCAAAACCCCUCGAUCCUUCAACCGUCCCGACGAACCGACAGCUCGACGAUGCGCCGCAAAUCAUGCUGAAGACGUCUCCAGCCUUGUCCGCCUCCGCCAAUGCCUCGCCUAACGCUUUUCGAUAUGCGACGUCGUCCCCUCAGCACUCCUCAAAGCCUUCGCCAGCUCUCCGGCGACGGCCUUCUACCCGCUCCGACACUCCAUCGUCCGCCGACGCUAUGAAGUCUUCUCCAAUACAGCGUCCGAGACAGUAUGUCGCGAAUGACUCUGGUAUACAUGGCUCACCCGAAGUCCAACGACCGCCGUCAUCAAUUUCUCAAAAAGCUUCUGCGCAUCCUGCACAAUCACCUGCCCCCUCACGCCCUUCUCAGGAUCAGACUGUGCAGCAAGGCCAAGCACUAAGCGGGGUGUCACCAACUAAACGUCGAAGCUCUCCCACUCCGACCAACCCAGAUGCCGUUGCUGCUACGAACUCUUCACCACAGACGAGUAAACGUGCAAAACCUGCUACGCCGCCACCAAAAGUAUUACCAGAUCGUUAUGAGCUCUGUGCUAUAGAGGAUAUGGUAGAGUUGGUUGCGCAUAUGUUGGCAGAGUUGAUCGCUACGAAUGACGCCAUCCGAAUUUCGAAUGGCGGAUUGACACGCUUUCACUCAAGAACCGCACCUGGAAUUUCGGUUCGAGAUUACCUCCACCGUUUGGCUAGACAUGCGACCCUAACACCGCCGCUUCUCCUGGCCAUGGUUUACUAUAUUGAUCGGCUAUGCGCCAUGUACCAAGAAUUCACCAUCAAUACGUUGACUGUGCAUCGAUUUUUAAUCACUGCAGCUACAGUCGCUGCCAAAGGGUUAUCAGACUCUUUCUGGAACAACACCACUUAUGCUAGGGUUGGUGGCGUUCGGGUAGCAGAACUCAAAUUACUAGAGUUGGAAUUUCUCUACCGAGUCGAUUGGAAAAUUGUUCCAAACCCUGAAGUCCUUGUGGCAUAUUACAAGGGUCUAGUGGAACGAACCCCUGGCUAUGUUUUAGAAUCGGAUGGUUCAGACGACGAAGACGAAGAUGAGGAUGAUGACGCCGAAGAUGGAGAGAAUGAACCUUUGGACAAUUAGACUUGACACCAAUUGGUUCUUUAUUUGGCAUUGAGGCCAACAAUCCCUCCCAUUUCUAGGACUACCCUCCCAAGCUGGCUGCGCGGCCAGGAAACUCGUCAUUAACGGAGCCAUGACGAGAGGAAAAGAGUUGACUCUGCAUAGCACUGCAUUUACAGGCGUUGGGGAUAAGGGCGGUUUUAUUCCGAUUAUAUUGAAACGGUACACGGAUGGGAAGGCAAUGCAAGGCUUGUAUUAUGUUAAACUUUUUGUAUAAGAGCGUUAAGACUCAACUAUGAGCAUUCACUGCAAUCUGCAUUUCAU